GCACCGUAAACAAGGAAUCGAGGUUUUGACAUUUUCCAGAACUCCAAUAUUUUAACCGUUUUAGCUGAAUAAUGACUUGAAAUUAUAUCAUACCUCAGCAUAAUAGUUUCAGACAAACGUAGAUUAUUAUAUCUUUCAAAAUGAGUGCCACAGCUGGAGCAGAAGGGGGCGGGGCAAGCAGUGACGCUAAUGAAUCUGAAAAUUCUGCGUAUGAGUGCAAUAUCUGCCUUGAUACAGCCAGAGAUGCAGUUGUCAGCAUGUGCGGACAUUUAUUUUGUUGGCCGUGCCUUCACACAUGGUUAGAAACAAGACCUAAUCGGAAGACAUGUCCAGUAUGCAAGGCCGGAAUCUCCAAAGAGCAGGUUGUGCCUAUAUAUGGACGUGGGAGCGAUGACAGAAAAGAUCCAAGGGAAAAAGAAAUGCCUCCCAGACCGCAAGGACAGAGAUCUGAACCUGAAGCACAAGGGGGUUUUCCUGGCUUUGGUUUUGGUGAUGGAGGGUUUCACAUGUCAUUUGGUAUUGGAGCCUUUCCUUUCGGGAUAUUUGCAUCCACGUUUAACUUUAAUGACGGGAGACCGGGUCCUCCUCCACCGGGAUCGCCUAACUACGCUGAAGAACAGGUGUUGUCGAAAGUCUUUCUCUGGAUAGCUGUUAUUUUCAUUAUCUGGUUGUUGCUUGCGUGACACACAGAGAGGACUUUUGAAGGAAAAAAAACAGUCAUUACCUUAAUUCCUUGUGCUCAUUCCAUUAUCUUGCAUGGAGAUCGAGUGGUCGAAUCAUUCAUGCAAGAUGACAGAGGAAUGUUGGGACUUAAUCACCGCAAACAUUUAUCACUCAAGUGUUUAUAAGAUUUUUUUAUUGAAAAGAAUUCAUGAGUAUAUUACCAAGACCAUUUCAUAUCAUGUGUGAAGUUUUGUUUGAAUAUCUUGCAAGUGCUAACAAGAUUUUUUUUAUUGAAAUAAAUCAUGAGUAAAAUACCAGUGUAUACGAGCCCUUUUCAUAUCAUGUGUAAUGUUAGCAUUUUGCAUUGUUUUUAAAGCAUUGAAAGGUUUUGUUUAUGACUUUUUGUCAAUGCCAGUGUUUUGUUUAUGUUUAUUUGGAAAAAAACUCUAUUUGCCUUACAAAGUAACGUGAUCCACCAAUGUGAAUAAAAUGAUGGUUUUUGAAAGCAUUUCAUAUACAUGGUUGAAUUCUUUAGUAAAGAUGUAAAAUUCAUAUUAAGGUAAAAGAUGGUUUAUGGUUUAUGAAAGGGAGAGUGUAGAUGGUGAAAUAACAUUUCAACAACUUUUAUGAUUAAGAAUAAAGAUUGAUUUUUAUCUGAAUUUAUCGAAAUAUUCUGUAGUUUUCUGUAUAAAAUCAGUUGUCGUUUGAAGUGUGUUUUUAUAAGCUUUAAGUCGACCAAACGAAGAAAUUCUCAGUACAUCUGCUCUUCAUUUAUAUCUUUGUGCAAAAUAGUCUGUUUAAGAUGUCAAAUACAUAAAAGCCAAAAAAAUUUAAUGCAGAUAAAUGUACAUUCUCGUUCACCAGAGUGAUGAUGCUAUGUUUACGAUUUUUCAUUAUCAAACCUCUUAUGAAUGAGAAUGAUAAAUUUAUAGACUGCAGUGUUUAAAAAUCCUCUACCUAAAAUUGGGACAACAUUACACAAUACCAAAAGACAACUUUUUUUCACAUUAGUGGUAGCAAAAUUCAAACUCCCUUCCUUUAUACAUUUUAAGCAUGGCAGUCACAGUAAGCAACAUCAUAUUUAGCCCCUUUUCUAGCAAGUUACCAAAGAAAUGUUACAAUAUUUUUUGUUUAAAAAAUCUUGCUUUCAACGUUUUAGUGUCACCAUUUUUUACAAUUUGAAAGGCACAGACCCCAUUUAAACAAGGGGGAAAAACACACUGCAUGCUAAGGUUUGAACUGAAGAUCUGGUUUAUGUUCUCUAUAUUUUGGUAAUGAAAAUAACUGUGACAUCUUUUACGGUACCUUUUAAUCCUGGGUAACAUUAUGUUACUGAGUAUAACCGUUUAUGUACAUACCAAUGCUUGUAUUAUAACAUCUUUCACUAAAGCUGCUUAAAAACUGCAUGAUCAUUACUUCAAGAGUAUUUUUGUUUUAUGUUAUGUAUAUAUAAAUUUGGAAUAUCAAUUGGAUAUACAAAAUAAGAUAUGGUGAAGAUUAUUUAUUUUAGGUUGUAUCAGAAUAUGCUGUAGUUUUGGAGUUUUUGAGUAACUAGGGCAUUGUGCAUGAUAAAUGAAUCCCAAAUGUUUAUUCACAUGAACUUCAUUUUUAACACUGCAUGUUGUAAACAGUUGAUUUAAUUUGACUAUUGAUGUUUAAUUUUAAAUGUAUGAAUUUAUUUUUUUCAUCAUUAUUAUAAAUGUAUCUCUCAUGAUGAGCUAGUCUUUUUUACAAAGAAACAAGAAUGCUGUUAAGUGAUUGCCAACAAUAAUCUGGUGCUGGUUGUUUUAAGUUGAAAAAAAGGGACACAACUCAAUGAUUAUUAAAGCCAGACUUAUGGGCCUUGUUAUACAUGUAUUUUGACUUGCAACAUGUGUACCAAGUUUUGUUUGAAUAUUUUGAACGGUGUUGCAAUGUUAGCUAUUUCUUUGAACCAUUUUGGUCGUAAUUUGGUACAUGUGUUCACAGUGAUGAGGUAAAUACUGGUGGUAAGUCCGUUCACCCUAGCUAAAAUAGUUGUUGCUGAAUGCCCGUCAGGAUUUGUUAAAAAAACACCGACUUAGUUGGCAACAAUGGACGAUGCUCUUGUUUUGUAUUACCAGUAUGUAAUGGUUACCACAUCUGCUUUUCGGGGUAUUGCAAGUAUUCACUUUCAUUAUGUAUAAUUUCUUAAACGAGGGUUGGGUGAAGCAAUUGUUUCCAGUUUUUUUACCAUAUUGUCAAGCUUACCAGGCCCCAAUUUCUCGAUACUUCUUAAGCUUAACAGGCUUAAGUCGCUUAUUUCAAUUAGUCAAAAUACAUACUAAUAAUGGAUUUUGAUAAAUGAAAAAUGGUUUCUUCCAAUAAGGGUACAGAUUUGUCUUAUAUAAUUUCUAAAAACUCUUAAAGAUGUAAAUAUAACGCAUAUUCUAGAACAACAAAAAUAGUGAGUUUAGCUUAAUCCUGUUAUAAAGGACUUAAAAGUUUCAAGAAAUUGGGCCAGGUGAUAAUUAGUGUGCAUAUACAUGUGUAUAUUGAAAUAUCAGUGUACUUUAUCCACAUGGUAUUUAUUGCAUGUUAAAAGAUUUGCCAUCUGGUUAUAGUUCUCAUAAAAUUAAUUAUAAAUAUUUAAAAAGAAAAUGCUUUAAUAUGGUACAAAUUAAAUUUACGUAAUACUUAGUUAAGAUUAUACGUCCAUACAUCGCAUUAGUCAGACGGAUGUUUAUAUAAGUAUGUAUCCCGAACAGAGGUAAUAAAAUUGGAUAUUCAUUGUUAUUUAUACAUGUACUUGCCUUGUUCUUAUUUUUGUUGAAUAAAAGAUAAACAGCA